CAGCAAUUCUCAACAAAGAAGCCUUUCACUCGACUGUCAACAGUACGCUUGAUUGAGAAUCAACCGGCCCUCGUAUCCAAGAUGACUUCACAGCCUCAACACCCGCACCUACCGCUUCCUGACUAUUUCUCCAAGUUCGCCAGCAUUUAUGCUCGGCAGACGGGUCACUCAACUCUCAACAUUCUUGCCGAGGUCAUCUCCCAAAAUGUCCAGACGUCCGCCCACCCUAUUGGCCCAGACUCCGUCGUUCACGAUACCGCCGCUGGGCCUGGUAUCGGUGCUGCGGCGCUCGUUGCCAAACUCCCCAAAGAGCAGCUUCCAAAGGAGGUGCUAGUUUCAGACAACGUCCCGAUGAUGGUCUCUGGGGCGCGAGAUUCCCUCGUUGCCUCUCCGCUACCCCACGUCGAGUGCAAGGAGCUCGAUUCGCAAGACCUGUCAUCGGUGCCUGACAAUUACUUUACCCACUCGAUUGACAAUUUUAGCAUCUUCACCUUUGUGCGCCCCGCUGAUGCCGUCCGCGAGACAUACCGUACCCUCCGCCCAGGUGGUCUCGCCAUUGUUACCUGCUGGCGCCGCUUCGCACCAAUGUUUAUUGUGCACGCCGCGCAGAAGAAGAUUCGCCCGGACCUGCCACUCAUGCCUACACCGAGCCCGGAGUUCUACGAAGAGGGUGUGCUAGAGAGAGUAGUCGAGGAAAAUGGCUUCACCAAGGACAACGUAACACUAGUCGAGAGGGAGUUGGUCGUCUCCGACGAUGAGAAUAUCGGUGGUCUUACUACGCUCAUGUCGGGUCCCAUGAUGGCCAAGGCCCGCGAAGGGUACACAGAGGAGGAGGAGUCUAGGUGGGUCGAUUCCGUCAAGCAGUCCGUAAAGGAAGAAGUUGAGCAAAAUGGGGGCAUCAAGUUCCAGGCCUAUAUCCUCUUGGCUACUAAAUAGAGGGGCUUGAGCGUGUCCACACAGGACGAAGAAGAGGAGACGUUGAUCGGCUGCCAUUGAGUCCUUGCUGAUCAAAGUCUAUGCGGAUUUGGCCAAAGUGUUUUCUCCUCCGCGUACGCGUGGAUGUAGUAGUAUCACGUGUCUUAGAGAAGCUACUACUUGUGAAUGAAUGCGUGUGCAGCCAGGGAGGUGCG